UCCAAAGACGGCCACUUGAAACAUCACCACCGCGGUGUUCUUUACCGGAGCCCUCUAAUGCGCACUCUUCGCAUUUAUUUCAUUCGCAACUGGAUGAACAAUGUGAUCCCAGAAGGAGGCAGGUGCACUCCCAAUGGUCCACAAACUCUCCUCAUUUAAGUAGAAUGUACUUAAUGAACGCACCCACUGUCGCGGCGCCUCACACAGAGUGGAGAGCAUGCGGACCACCUGGGGGCUGUAGCAUUCCCAUCUCGUACAGUGACUCGGAUGCAGAAUUGUCUGCGCGAAGUUCUUCAAUCUCAAACAAGGUCCAGAUGAUCAUUGAGAGCCUCAGGAGCUGUCAGUCCUCAUUAGAGAUGGACGACAAGGUGAAGGCGAAUGUGCUUCAGAGACAGGAUGGUCCUCCUGAGGCCUGCAAGGCAGUGGGAGGAUCCCUUGUGACAGCCAAGUCUAAAACAAAAAAACGCCCUGCUUGUGUUCCUUUUAAGGACAGUGACCAGGCCAGUGAUACGGAUGACUCUGUUGACAAAGGAAUCGAGGAGGCAAUCCUUGAAUAUCUGAAAGAGAGGGACGGCCACAAACGCAAGGCAGAACCUUUCGUGCAGUCAUCCACGCAAACUGUUGGUGGAAUAAAAUCCGAAAGCCAGCCCUUUUCCAUCAUGAGAAGCCACUGUCCUCAGAGUGUCAUCCAAGCAACGGCAGCAACCAUACCUGUGAAAAAGUACAUCAAACACAAAGCCUCGCUUCACGAGGAAGCUUUCAGGAACUCCGAGUUGGCACGCGUCAUGCUGAAGGAUCAGGCAACGAACACAACCAGUCUAGUAUGCAAGGUGGAGGACUGUUCCAAUGACUCCAGCAGUGAUGACGGCAUUGAAGAGGCCAUCCAGAGAUACCAGCUGGAGAGGAUUGAGCAGCAGACCAGGGGGGACACUUUCAAGCCACUUGCCUCCGCGGAAGAAUCUGACUCCUCCAGCGACGAUGGCAUUGAGGAGGCCAUUCGCCACUAUCAGCUCGAACAACUCAGAGAGAAAAGUGUCUCCAAACCACAGGACAAGUCUGUAUCAAACGCAUCCGCGACUACAGUGGUUGACUACCCCAAAAGAAACAAAGCCAAAAAGAAGCCAGCAGUAAAAUCAGCGCAACCACCAUCUCCAAGUGUUUUCAGUGCCUCGCUCAAUGUUAACCAAAAAGGGCAAGGUAACGAGUCGCUCUCGUUCAAAGUUGAAGGCUUUACCAACCAGCCUCCCAAAGCUCUCCCGAAAGCCAAUACCACCGCUGAGCUCAUGUGCGCUGAAGCAAUUCUGGACAUCUCCAAAACUGUUAUGCCUGGAAUAUUCACAUCCCACCUGAACGUCGGGCCCAGCAAUUGCAGCCCUGCCGAACCUACGCGAGAAUCCACUAUGACAGAGGACAACGGAGAUGUCAGUUCAAUCGACAGUGAAGAUGGGAUUGAGCAAGAGAUUAUGAAAUUUCUCGAGGAGAAGGCACAAAUGCUCAAAUGUCCUCCUGGAGAAUCUGGCGCAACAAUGACGACUCGAGAAGUAACUAAGAAAAAAUCUCCGAGGUUGUCCUUAACGCAGAGGAGGAAACAAAAAGGCAACACAACUUCGAGCUUACUUGCGGUAGAUUCAUCUACCAAACAUUUUGACUUACAGAGAUCACGAGACAAGACCGAACAAAGCGGAGACAAGAGCAGCUCACUUGACAGCGACGAGGAUCUCGACACGGCCAUCAAAGCCCUUCUCAAGACAAAGAAGAAGUCCAAGAGAAUGACAAAGUCUGUUCGCGAUUCCAGGAAGCGCCUGAUGGAAGAAGCGGGACCAUCGCGAGACUCCGCCAAAAAGGCAAAAUACGAUCCUUUAUCAAAGCCUACCAUUUUGAGAAAGUCCCACAAGAAAAAGAGUGACUCGAAAGACACACUGCGAUCAUCUAAAAAGACUGUGCCACUGAAUACAGUCGCCAGUAAGACUCAGGUAAACUGUUGUGAGAAAAGAGUCCCAGAACUUCCCAGAACUGCUCACCAGAUAAAAGAAGAGAGCAGUUCGGUAGACAGCGAUGAUGGAAUCGAGCAGGAGAUCCAGAAGUUCCUCGCCGAGAAGGCAGAGAAGGUUCCAGACAUGACAAACAAUGAUACAGAUAUACCUGGGAACGGUACCACUUCUGUCGAUUGUACCCCACUGCGAGGUGACCUCGAAAAGGAAAAUCAGCUGGCUGAAAUUCCAAGACAAAGUGUCAGUCCUUUAAGUCAACCUAAAGUGACAACACCGAACACCUCGGCCCUUCCUGCAAUCGGUUCGCUAUGGUCUUGCAGCCCAAGAAUUUCGGCCUGGUCUGCGCGAACCGAGCAAAAGAUGGCAACGCCUGUCAGGGCCGUCGACGAUAAAACAGAGAAGAUUCUGGCUCAGGAUCAGUCGCUUAAGUGGCGCCAGAGUUUUGGACUCCCUGCCAUUGACCCAAAAAGUUUCAACCCGACAAUGUUUCACAUCAGCUCGUCCAAAAUGAGUGCCGGUCCGUCGCAAGUGUCCCAAAGGAACGGCGUUGAGCUCAAACCUUCACCACCGGCCAAUCUUUGGUCCUCCACGAGACGCUCGUGGUCUACGGACAAAACCAAAAAGACCCCCGUGACAAACCCGGCUUCGAACCCUUUCUCGGUUGUCGUUACCGCUAGGCAGCGUCAGGGUGCAGCCAGCACAGUGCACAUGCCGCGAGACAAGAGCGUGUUUGUCGAGCUGGAGUCAGGUCGGACCAACCACGUCCAGGUGCAGAGCAGGCAAAGCGAUGAGGGAAAGGCCAGGACAGACGAGGGCAGAGAUGCUAGAGACGUGCAACUACAAGGAGCUGAGGAGGAGUUUAUAGACGUGUCAGAGGGUGAGAGUCCAGAGAAGAAGAAGAGCACUUUGUCCUUGUCGUGCUCCAUCGACCCUGGCUUUGUUUCACAGCCGUACAUCGCGCUUACCACGGAGGAGCGCAGCCGCAUGUUCCGCAAGAGAUGCACGAAGGAGACCAACAUUAUGAUGCUACGCACCAAAAGAAAACUUCAGUUUGUUCCUGCGCACAGGAGCACUGAAAAAAGCGGAAUGUACGUCCUUACUCGUUAA